UUCGUGACGAAGGCAACGACGAGCAUGGACGCGCCGACGCUGCACAACAUCCUUCUGCACACGUUCAGCAACGACGGCGGUGCGCGCAAGGCCGCCGAGGACGCGGUCGCCAACCUCCACACGGUGCGCGGUUCCAUCGUGCUGCUCGCGCAGCUCGUCUCGGCGGCCGACGUCCAGCGCGAGAUCCGCCAGGCCGGCGCCGUCGCGCUCAAGAACAUGGUGCUCAAGCACUGGGAGGGCGUGAACCAGCCUGACAACACGAUGCUCUCGGUGUUCCCCAACAGCGACAAGGACGAGUACCGCAAGCAUAUCUUCGAGAGCCUCUUGACCAUGGAAGACCGGUCGCUCCGCUCGAUCCUCGCUGAAGCCGUGAGCCAGAUUGCCCGCGUUGACUUCCCCAACAAGUGGCCGGGCCUCGUCGCCGAGAUCACGACCAAUGUCCAGUCGGGCGACGUCACGCGCAUCUGCAACGCGCUCCUCGCGCUGCGCAAGCUCGUCAAGCUCUACGAGUACCGCCGCGAAGAGAACCGCGCGGAUCUCAACACGAUCGUCGGCGUCACGUUCCCGAUGCUCCGUGGCAUGCUCUCGCAGCUCAUGACCAACAACUCGCUCGAAGCUGCGCACAUGAUCCACCUCAUCCUCAAGAUCUACUGGUCGUGCAUGCAGGUGUCGCUCCCGCCGAUGCUCGCGACGACGACCGAGGUCACGGCGUGGAUGGAGCUGUUCGGUGCGCUCCUCACCAAGCGGCUGCCGGAAGCGUCCGAAGGCGUUGAGCCGCUCGGGCAGCCCACGGACGCCGACGAGCGCGCCAAGUGGCCGUGGUGGAAGGUCAAGAAGUGGAACCUCCAGAUCCUCACGCGUUUCUACAUGCGCUGGGGCAACCCGAAGCACGUGCCGGAGGAGUUUACGGAGAUGUCCAAGUUCUUCCGCGCCAACAUCAACCCGCCGAUGCUCGCUGGCGUCCUCGAGACGCUCGCGUUGCGCAAGAACGGCCACUUUUGCACCGACCGCGUCGUGCACCUCUGCCUCACGUACCUCAACGAAGCCGUCAAGUCGUCGCUCGCGUUCAAGCAGCUCAAGCCGCAUCUCCACUUCCUCCUCUUCGAGGUCGUCCACCCCGCGCUCUGCCUGACCAAGUCGGACCUCCAGCUCUGGGAAGAAGACCCGCACGAGUUUGUGCGCAAGACCAACGACUUCUUCGAGGACUACCUCUCGCCUGUGAACGCAGCCCGCGACCUCCUCAAUGAGCUCUGCACGCUCCGGGGCAAGGACUGCUUCUCGAACGUGCUCAUGUUCUACAACCAGAUUCUGAGCACGUACCAGGCAACGCCGGUCGAAGCCCGCGACGUGGUCCAGAAGGACGCGGUGCUCCACGGUCUCAUGUCGCUCGACAAGCUCCUCGUCAAGUCCAAGGUGCAUAAGGCCCAAGUCGAGACGCUCCUCCUCACGCAUGUGUUGCCCGAGUUUCACAACUCGCACGGGUUCCUACGCCUCCGCGCGUGCAAGAUGUUUACGGGCCACUUCAUCUCGGACAUGGCGUUCGCCGAUACGACGGUGACUGAGAUCGCGCAGUGCAUGCUCAAGUGCAUGAAGGACCCGGAACUCCCGGUGCAGAUCGAAGCCGCCAAGACGCUCCGCUACAUUGUCACGUACGAGCACUCGACCGCGGCCUUGGACGUCAUGCGCCCGCUCUUGCCCGACAUUAUGCAGCAGUACUUCAGCCUCAUGGACGAGAUUGGCAACGACGAUGUCGUCAUUGCGCUCGAGCACAUCAUCGAUGCGUUCGCUGAUGAGAUCGGCCCGUACGCGGUGCAGCUCAUCCAGAAGCUCGUCGACUGCUUCCUCCAGUUCUCCGAGUCGGGCGACGAAGACGACGAAGCGUGCAUGACGGCGGCGUCGUGCCUCGACACGGUCAACACGAUCUUGUACUCGAUCCACAAUCAGCCCGAGUACUUCCCGCUCUUCCUCGAGCCGCUCGUGCCCGUGCUGGACCGCGUCCUCUCGAGCGAAGACUACCUCGAGUACCUCGAGUCGGCCCUCGACAUUUUGAUCUCGCUCACGUACCACUCCAAGUCGAUUGCGCCGUCGGUGUGGGCGCUCUUCCCCAAGCUCUUUUCGUCGUACAACGACUGGGCCGCCGACUACAUCUCCAACUACGUCUCGCUCAUCGACAACUUUAUCGGCCUUGACGUCAACGCGUUCCUGGCUGGUGGCGUCGUCGGCGUCGACGGCUCGCGCGUCUCGUACCUCGAGAUGGUCUUCCAGAUGGCCGCGCACGUCUUCAAGACGAGCGAAGGCGAAGAGAGCGACAAGAGCUUGGAGCUUGUCGCUGCGUGCCGCCUCCUCUACUCGAUUUUGCACAACUGCCUUCGCCACGACAUUAGCGUCUGUGUGCCGAUGAUCGUCCAGAUCACGUGCCUCAAGCUGUCGCGGUCGCUCCAGACGAACGUUGUGACGGCGCUCUUUGGCGUGAUUGCGUCGGCGCUCAACUACAACCCGGCGCUGACGCUCACGACGAUGGAGUCGUUCCAGGCGACCGACCCGCUCUUCCGCGCGUGGAUGACGCACCUCCCCAACAUCAAGAGCUACAUGGACCGCAAGAUGAUGGUGCUCGGCCUCAUGGCGAUCUUCAAGCUGCCGCUCGCCGAGUUGCCGCCGACGCUCCAGCCGCACCUGCAAGGCCUCCUUGUGGGCGCCGUGACGCAGCUCCAGGAGAUUCAGAAGGAGCCCCAGGAGGAAGAAGACUCGGAAAACGAGUCGGACGACGGCGAGGGCUUUGACCAGCUCGUCGACCAGGGCGGGUACGCCUCGGACGAAGACGCCGAGGACCUCCAGGACGAAGAAAUCGCGGCCUGGAUGCGCGAACUCCAGCGCAACGGCGAAGACGGCUCGUACUUUAUGGGCGGCGACGAAGACGACUAUGGCACGAGCGAGCUCGACAACAUUGACGAGUUUGCCGUCUUCUUGGAGACGGUCCAGGCGCUGCACAACACCAACCCGGCUGCGUUCCAGGCGCUGCACCUCGACACGGACGAGUUCAAGGCCACGUGCGACACGUUUGCGGCCGAGAUUCACCGCCGCCAGCAGGAGGCAAUCGAAGAUGCCCACGCGCAGGUCAACGGCCAGUAAAUACGUGCAUAUACCUCAGUAGGAAGAAAACGACGACCCAUAAGUAGAUAAGAUAUAUAGCUUUUGCGCACA